AUGUCUUUGUUUGAAAUUAAGCGGUAUGAUGAAGAAUUAGAAACAUCAGACGGGUAUGACCACUUAUCAGAAUUAUUAAAAAAAAUAGAGGAGCGUAAAAAACAGCGGAUUGAUAAAAAUGAGAGUGAUAAAAUUGAAGAAGAAAAGCCGAAGAAGAAACGCAAGAAAAAGUCGAAAAAAAUAAUUGCUGAUGGAGAAAAUGAUGUGAGUGAGAAAAAUGAUGGUGAAGUUGAAAAAGAUGUUAGUGGUACUAAUAAUGUCACUGAGGAUAAUAAUAAAGAAGAGAGUGGAAAAAAUGAAGAUGAUAAUCAGGAUUUUAUGAUUCUUGGGGUUAACAAUAGUAAAAAAAAAACAAAAGUGACCCGCGUGCUGCCCAAGUGGUUGACACAUCCAGAGGUAAUAUCAGCUGAUUUAACUAGUGGUCCGGAAUUGGAUGAAGAGUGUAGAGAUUUAUUGAAGCUGGAUGAACAGUUGGUUGAAGCGUUGAAGGACAAUGGGAUUAAAAAGUUAUUUCCUGAAAAACUUUGGCUAAUUCAGCAGCUGAAAAAUAAUCUGAUUCGCCAGGUGAGAUGUCUGAUUGUUCUUCCAGUUCAAGAAUUAGCGGCUCAAGUCAACAGAGUUAUGUUAACGUACUGCAAAAAUACGAAUUUAAAGGUUGCGUUGAUUACUGGUGCAGCACCCAUGGAAAUUGAGCAGUUGAAGCUUGUUAAAAAAACACAAAAUGGUGAUUUAAUAAGCAAAGUAGAUAUCGUAAUAUCAACCCCCGGCCGCUUGGUAGAUCACAUAGAAAAAACUCAAGGAUUUACAUUAAAAUACCUGGAAUUUUUGAUAAUUGAUGAAGCUGAUCGUUCAACAGAUUGGCUAAAAUACAUUCCACAUCCUCAUUACAAUAUUCCCUCUUUAACAAUUAAAAAUUUACAAUCCUACUCGAUACCACCAGCGCAAAACGCAACUCUGUCCCAGGACCCAGAAAAAUUGAGCAGAUUGAAUUUAUUCCAGCCGAUACUGUUCACCUCUGCUAUGUUGAAGAACCACGACAAUGACGAGGAUAUAGACCUGGACAAAUGUGGGGAAUUUUUGGGAAAAUACACCAGUCCAGUGGAGCUUACAGAGCGCGCUUUUGAGUGCUCGGCUGCUUACAAACCGGUUGCAGCGCUUAAAUUGGUGACUGCGGGGGAAAAGAGCGAGAAGACGCUGAUUUUUACUAACUCUGGAAAAUCUGCGCAUCGACUUGCGUUGUUGCUUGGUUUGAUGUUGAAGGAUAGAAAUAUUCCUGUUGAUGAAUUGUCUGCCCAGAUGAUGCCUAAACAGCGGAAUGAAGUCUUGGAAAAAUUCAGCAAAGCUGAGACUGGAGUACUUGUAAACUCAGAUGCACUAGCGAGGGGUGUCGACAUCCCGGAUGUAACAUUAGUAAUUUCUUAUGACUUGCCAAAGUAUAUUAAAGGGUACAUCCAUCGAUCUGGACGAACUGGUCGAGCGGGUAAACUUGGUACCGCUAUAUCUAUUCUGACCAACAACCAAAUUUCGGCAUUUAAUCGAAUGCUCGCGUCAGCACGCAAAGUUGUCCCGACAAUAGAAACGUUUGACUCAUUGGAAACUGUCGCCGAGGAAAUAAAUUACGCUGAUAAAUUGACUGAAUUGGGAAAAAUAAUUAGUAAAGAAGAAGUUAAGAGUAAUAGUAAUAAUAAUAAUACUAAUAGUAAUAAUAAUAAUAAAUCUGCUGAUAAAAAAGGCAAAAAAAGAGUUGCGGGUGAUGAUAAUAACUCGAAAAAAGACAAACGUCAACGGAAAGAGUCUAAUCAAAUCGCCGACUUUAAGUGUUGGGAGUGA